AUGGCAGAAGAUAAGAUCACUGGGACCUUGGUCUUCACAGUCUUCACUGCUGUGCUGAGCUCGUUCCAGUUUGGAUAUGACAUUGGCGUGAUCAACGCACCGGAAGAGACAAUAAAAUCUCAUUACAGACAUGUUUUGGGUAUCCCGUUGGAUGACCGAAGGACUACCGAUGACUAUGCCAUCAAUGGAACAGAUGCACUACCCACCAGCCCUGUGACCCCAACCGCAACCCUAGAGUCUGAACAAGACAUUGUGACAUCUGAUGGCCUCAUUACCAUGUUCUGGUCCCUGUCUGUGUCCAGCUUUGCAGUCGGUGGAAUGGUCGCAUCGUUCUUUGGUGGGUGGCUUGGAGACAAGCUUGGAAGAAUCAAAUCCCUGUUGGUAGCAAACAUCCUCUCAUUAGUUGGAGCUCUGUUGAUGGGGUGUUCAAAAUUGGGACCAUCUCAUAUCCUUAUAAUUGCAGGAAGAGGCAUAUCAGGACUAUAUUGCGGGCUAAUUUCAGGCCUCGUUCCAAUGUAUGUUGGGGAAGUUGCUCCAACCACACUCAGGGGCGCUCUUGGAGCUCUUCACCAGCUGGGCAUUGUCAUGGGCAUUCUUAUUAGUCAGAUUGUGGGGCUUGACUCCAUCCUGGGCAAUAAUCAUUCCUGGCACAUCCUGCUUGGCAUGUCUGCUGCGCCAGCCCUGCUUCAGAUGCUACUGCUAUUUUUCUGUCCAGAAAGCCCAAGAUACCUUUACAUCAAGUUGGAAGAGGAAGUCAAAGCAAAGAAAAGCUUGAGAAGAUUAAGAGGAAGUGAUGAUGUCACCAAAGACAUUAAUGAGAUGAGAAAAGAAAAAGAAGAAGCUUCAAAUGAACAGAAAGUCUCCAUAAUUCAACUCUUUACAAACUCUAGCUACCGACAGCCAGUUAUAGUGGCACUGAUGCUCCAUAUCGCUCAGCAAUUUUCUGGAAUCAAUGGGAUCUUUUACUACUCAACAAGCAUUUUUCAGAAAGCUGGAAUUAGUCAACCUGUUUAUGCAACCAUUGGAGUUGGUGUCAUCAACACAGUUUCCACUGCUAUCUCUGUAUUCCUCGUGGAGAAGGCUGGGCGGCGUUCUCUGUUUCUGAUAGGAAUGGGUGGCAUGUUUUUCUGUACCAUCUUCAUGUCAGUGGGACUCCUGCUACAGGACAAGUUCACGUGGAUGAGUUACGUGAGCAUGGUAGCCAUCUUCCUCAAUGUUACUUUCUUUGAAAUUGGUCCAGGCCCAAUCCCCUGGUUCAUAGUGGCAGAAUUUUUCAGUCAGGGACCACGGCCAGCUGCCUUAGCACUCGCUGCCUUCAGCAACUGGGCCUGCAACUUCCUGGUGGCCCUGUGUUUCCCGUACCUGGCGGAAUUCUGCGGGCCUUACGUGUUUUUCCUCUUCUCCGGAGUGGUCUUGGCUUUUACCCUGUUCACGUUUUUUAAAGUUCCAGAGACCAAAGGAAAGUCUUUUGAGGAAAUUGCUGCAGAAUUCCGAAAGAAAAGCGGCUCAGCUCAACGGCCAAAGGCUGCGGUAGAACUGGAGUUCCUUGGCGCGACAGAGACUGUGUGAAGAUAACCUGCUUUUCGAUAUGAACAAAAUAGGA